AUGACUGGUUAUGAAACGCAGUUCUCUGCUGACACGGGCGCGCGGGUGGUGGCAGUGGUGGGUGCUGACGUGGUGAGCCCGUACGGCGGUGCCACGUGGGACGAAGUGAUACGACAAAUGGCUCGCAGAGUCAACUGGGUGGAACCUUCCGUGCAGCUUCUCGUCUUCUCCUCCUCCUCCCUCUCCCCCUCAUCCUCCUCCCACUCCCACUUCCUCUCUGCCGCCCAGCAAGCUGAUCUCCUAUUGGCCGUCGCCGUGAACAGUGCCGAGUCCGCCGCCCAGCUCGUCCCCACUUUUUCAACCGCCCCUGCCCGGGUGGCCUUUGACUGCCACGUGUCGCUCUCUGAGCUCACCUCGCUGGGCGGGCUGAACCCGGAAAAGUUGAACCUGCCCCAGAAGCUUGCAGCGAAAUGGGGAUGGUGGAAGGAAGGAGCGAAGGCCGUUCAGACGUACACGCUAGUGGAGUCCUGCUGGGAGCGUCGCAGUGCAGACGACAUCUGGUUUGUCAUCCUCGCUCUCGUCAACGCCUACAUCGUCGACGUGCCAGCGCUGCGCAACCUGCGGGCGGCAGACUCGUCCGCUCUGCAGUGCAUGGUCGGCAACUGCGGACCCGUGAUUCUCGAGUGCUUCUUGGAUGAGCAGUGCCGCACGGCUAUCAACUGUCUCAAUGAGUGCGGACCCACAGACCAGGUGUGCAGCUAUCAGUGCAUCGUGUCAUAUGAAACCCCCAAGUUUGAAGCCUUCUCCCUCUGCGUGCUACAGAAGCACAACUGUCUCGGCAUGACAGCCGAAAUCCGCGACCGCCCCACCGUCCUCCCCCUCACACACCUUCGCGGGCAGCCCGUCACGCAUGAGCGGGCAGAAGAUAUUUUUGUCGGGUGGCUCGGGCAGCUGCCCUGGAGCUGGCGGGUUGUGGCCGGGCAGAAUGCCGCGUACGACCAGUUCCCGUGCCAGUACCAGAUAUUCUACCGAGGCAAGGCGCGAGGCUCGGUGUGGUACGACCCUGUUUUCAAAAUCCACACCCUCGAUGGACGGUCACUAUGGCGCCGGCGCCACUACCGUGUGCGGCGCGGGAAGGUUCCCGGAACCUUCACCUUCACAGUGCUCGAUAAUGGGGUGAUCUCUGAGGAAUUUUGGCGCAUCGUGGACGUAACAGAUGAUUUCCAAUGGGGAUUGUUUUACUACAGUGGCGCCGCCCGGGCGGCAGGGCAGUCGUACACCGGAGCUGUGCUCGUGUCCAAGGAUGGGGAGUGGCCCGGACCUGAGCAUGCGGUUCGGCUCAAAGCAGCCCUGGAUCGGUGUGGGAUCAAGGAGUGGGAACUGUACCGGCCCAGCCUCCCUAAGGGACGCCUGGAGGCGCUUCACCUAUCGCAGUCUCUCAACAUGAGCCGUAAAAGAAAGCUAGACGUCGUUGAGCAGGAGCUGUCUUCCGCAUCCGACUCGAAUCCUCAGAAGCUGCACAAGAGUUCUCUCCUCGACUCCACCAUGGCCACCGUGACCUCCAUUCCCGUUUUCGACUUUCCCACCGGCUCCAUUGAAGAUUAUUUCACAGUUGACGCUGAUCUGCUAGGAUCGGGGGAAUUCGGGGUGGUUCGCCGCUGCAUUGACAACGCCACGGGCGAAACCUUCGCGUGCAAGACGAUUCAGAAGAGCCGCCUUGUGAGCGAGUCGGACCGCGAGGAGGUUCGCCGGGAGGUCGCGGCAAUGCAGCGCGUGAUGGGCCACCCCGGCGUAGUUAAUCUCCGCGCGGUCUUCGAGGAUGAUAAGGAGGUGCACAUAGUCAUGGAGUACUGCGAAGGCGGGGAGCUAUUCGACGAGGUUAUCCGACGUGGAAGGAUCCCUGAGAAGGAAGCCGCGCUGCUGUUUCGCCAGAUCGUCUCCGCCGUCGCAUUUUGCCACGCGCGCGGCGUAAUGCACCGCGACCUGAAACCCGAGAACAUCCUCCUCAAGAAGCAGCUCGUUAACGGAAGGGAAGCGACGUUCGCGAAGCUCGCGGAUUUCGGCCUGGCCAUCGGCCUCGAGGAGGGUGCAAAGGCUAGCGGCGCCGCGGGUUCGCCGUUUUACAUGGCGCCUGAGGUCCUGACCGGGGAAUACGGCGUAGAAGGCGACGUGUGGUCUCUAGGAGUAAUUCUCUACGUUUUGCUCAGCGGGAACACUCCAUUCUGGGGUCCUGACGACAACGCGGUUUUCGCGUCGGUGCUCGCCGGUAGAGUGGACAUGUCAGGUCCUGCCUGGGCGGGAGUGUCUGCGGAAGCGCGGAGCCUCAUUCGCUGCAUGCUGCAGCGCAAUCCGCGGAGACGGCCGAGCGCGGCCAAGGUGCUGUCGCACCCGUGGAUUCUGGUAUAUCUUUAUGGCGGGCGGGUGGUGCGCAAGGUGGUGAACGUUCAGCAGCUGCAGCACGAGCGGGCGGGGAUUGCGCAAGCGGCAGGGGUUGCUGCUGCCGCUCCUGCUGCGCCGGGCGCAUGA